CCCUGUGAAACUACUCUGAUUCAGACAAUCAACAGGUCAGUGUUAGAGUUUAGAUACUGCUGCUUGUUAGACUGCAAGUGCUAGCCCGAGUUGUGGUAGCAUACUUCCACUACAUGUGUACGGCUUUCAAACGUAUCGUGCUGAGUAACGUAUCAGCCAGCUCAGCUUUGAUUUAAAUUCUGUGCUAAUUAGCAGUAAGUUAGCAGGGCUACGUUCGUUACACCGGGGUUAGCCAGGGGCCGCUGCUCUGACGCUGGAGGAGCAGGACAGAUGUCUUUGAGCCGAAGUCUCUUGUAGCUCAGGAGCGGUGUCUCAGCGCUGCAGCCACGGCUCCCUGUUGGUGCUCGGCUCUGAUCUGAGUCCUGUUUUAAAUGUGGCGGUUUGCAUCGUUCGCGAAGUGACGACGUGGGAGGCGCAGCGCGGAGUCCGCCGAAGGGAUGGGACAGCCACCCCCGGUGAUCCUCCAGCCCCAGAUGAGUGGCAGGUAGUGGAGGUGCUGAGGCAGUGUUGUGCUGCUGUGCACGAUGAAGAAGAUAUUCAGCUUCACUAAGAAAAAGAAACACCCGUCCGGUACCCCUGACAGCGGUAGUGUGCUUUCCCUUGGCUAUGAACUGAAAGAGAAGGACCUGGGGAAGGUUCACAAGGCUGCCUGGACGGGCGACGUGGCAAAGUUGAAGCAGCUUGCGAAAAAGAAUGAUGUCAAUCAACUUGACAAGGAGAACAGAACUGCACUACAUAUCGCCUGUGCCAGUGGACAUGUGGAGGUGGUGCAAUUCCUUGUCGAAAGCAAAGCCAAGCUCAACCUAUGUGACAAUCAAAAUAGAUCUGCCUUAAUGAAGGCAGUGCAGGCCCAGCAUGAGCGAUGUGUGAGCAUGCUGCUGGAGAAUCAUGCCGACCCUAACCUGGUGGACAUCAAUGGCAAUACAGCCCUGCAUUUAUCAGCAAACAUCCCAUCCAUCUCCCUCGCAAUCCUCCUGCUGCAGCAUGAGGCUAACAUCAACGCCCAAAACAAGGAGGGAUUUACCCCCUUGACUGUGGCAGUACGCGAGGACCAUAUUGAGAUGGCUGAGUUCCUCCUCAACGAGAGUGCUGAUGUGAAUUUGCUGGACCAAGACCAAAGGUCCCCAUUAAUGAUAGCUGCUGGCAAUGGACAAAUCGUUAUGUUGCGACUCCUCUUGCGGUUCAACGCAAAUACAACACUAAAGGAUUCCAAAGGAUGGUCAGCUGAUGACUACGCAGGAAUGAAUGGGCACCAUCCUUGUUCCCACCUGAUCAUUGAGCAUGGCACCCAGAGGAGCGAUGGCCCCUCCCUGUCACACCAAGCACCGGGCAAGAAGAAGAAGAAAAGAGCAACGGGCAGUCCUUUCCAAGAUGUGGAAGCAGGCUUCUCUCUGGGAGGACCAGCCAUUGACAAAGAUGGUUUUGAAGACAAUUCUCAGUCAGAGUCACUAAGUCGGGUUUCAAAAAGUGCCUCUGAUGAAUGGCCUUCAUCUGAAGAUGAUGACGACUUGGUUUUAAACAGAAAGAAACCACAAAAAGUUAACCUAAGCAGAAUGAUUGCAUCUAAAAAGGGAGAAGCUUCUGCACUGCUUGACAGAUCCUUGAGCGGCACAGAAUCUGAUCCAGUGAGCGAAAGUAGAGUCCAGAGAAUCCCAUCCCUCCCAAAAACCCUACCAUCCAGCAACGCUCUGCAGAAACCUGUAGAUCCCACUCCCAUUUCCUUCCUUUCAAAAGAUCCCAAGAUGACUUCCACCCCUCUUCCUAGCUACAGAGAGAAAGAAGAUUCCACUGAUGAUGAGGAUGAUGAUAAUGACGACCAAGAGCAGGUGGGAGAUGAUGAUGAGGAGGAGGAGGAAGAAGGAGACAUGUCAGAUGAAAACAGUCGGCCUGCUGAGAGUGGAGAGUCCGUUGGUGUAGCUUCAACUGUUCUGGAGACAGAAAAAGAUAAGAAAAGAGAUUUCCUCUCUGAGCUGGGUCUAGAGAAGGGAGAAGAAGAGCAAGAUUCUUGGGACUCUGAGUCCCGUUCUGAAGACAUCAAUAUGCCACGGGUGGAGAAAGAAAACUUGCCUACUCAGGAUCAAGAAGAGACGUCCACUGCUGAAGAAGAAAAUAAAGAGAACUUGUUAUAUAUUCCCUCAUUUUUAAGAGGAGAAGGAGGCAAUAAGAUGGUCGCUGUAGUUCCUCGGAGGAGUGUAGACAGGCCACGAGGCAGCCAGGUCGCAAACGAUGAUAUCGGAAAAGAACAUGAUGCUAAAGAUGAAAUUACACAGAAAGCGACUGAAAAGCCAAAAUGGGAACCACUUCGUGUUCUGAGCAAACUUGAAGCCAAUAAUGGCGGAAAGACAGACUUGAUGGAAGAGCUUGGGCUGGGUGACGUUGAUGAUCUUGAAGAUGCAUCAGACUGGGACUCAGCCAGUACGGCAAGCAAGAGAACGUUGCCAGGUCGUAAAAUGACCUCCCCUGGACUCGAUGAGUUCCCAGAAUGCAACCAUCCAGCUUUGAAGGAGCAAGAUGAAGAUGUUACUGCGGCAGCGCCCCUGCCACCACAGAGGAGCAUCAGCAUUACACCCCAUCGACUCCUACCCCAUCCUCAACCUCGGGCAAGGAAGAUGGUGCCUCAGAAACCAGAAAGUGAAGAAGAAUCAGAUUGGGAACCAGAAGAUGUAGCACCUUCUGCCUCUACCAUCACGGACAAAAUUGACAAACAGUCGCAAUACACAUCUGAACAUCAGGCAGUAGUUAGACCAGGUUCUCCUGAGCUUUCAUCAGUGGCAGGAGACAGACAAACGGAUCAAGAGCUGGACGGGCCUCAGCAGAAGGAGAAAGAUGAUACAGGAGAUACAUGUGAGUUAGGUUUAAAUAAACCAUGGCCAUCAGGCCGUGUAGGAGAAAACUGCGAUGAGUUAAGAGAUCAACCCAGUCAUGAAGGAGCAGGGGAAGACUGCCCAUGGGAGAAACGAUACGAGAAGCUCUGGGUAGAGGUGGAGAAACGGGAAGUAAAAUCCACCUUCAAGAACGUGGCUGGUGAAUUAAAAGAGAAAUUUGGGGAACUGUUUAAUUCAGGAUGUUCCGCAGAAGAUGAUGCAGAAGAGGAACAUGCCACAGCUGAAUCUACUUCUGCAGAAGAAGAGUCGAGUGAUGAAGAUGAAGGAGAAAUUAUUUUGCGCCCGGCAGCUAGAGCAAGAAGUACUAUCCUUCUGACCAUACCUGAGCAAAGGGAGUCUGGACUGGAAGACUCGCCGACAGAGUCACCUGCCAACUCUCGGUGUGAAGAUGGGACGCAGCUCGCUCCGCCUCCGGUCAGUGGCGGGAGAAUGCACCAGGAGCCAGAGCUACUAACUGAUGAUGCUCUGGAGGACAGCAGGUCUCCUUCACCACAACUCAACACAGCACAGAGAGAGUGCUACAGAGGUGCCACAGCUUUUACCGGUGGUCACAUUAUACCCGACUCGAAAGUUGGCUCAUUUUCAAAGGACGACACCGAACAAGGGCCGUUCUGCGAACAACAUUUGGACUUGAUCUCAAAGGACCAAACUGCUGCGCUAAAGGGAGCUGAGGUGGACAAUGCACGUUCAGAAGAGGAUCAUGAGGAGGCCACUAGGUCUUGCCCCGCCUUAAUAAGAAGGCAUUCAGCAUCUAUUCCUGGUGUCUCUGAUGAGGAACUGGAGGAGGACUUGGAGAGGUUUAAACUUGAGGUUGGCAAAGAGAUGACAAAGACUUUGACGGAGGUGCAAAAAUCCAGUGCUUCCAGGGAUACUGGUGGAAUGACCCAGGAAGAGCCGCGUACUGGGAAACCGGAGAGCAGCACCAACGAGGCACCAGAGCAAUCGCAUCUCCUGCUCCAGCAGAGCCACAGUAGCAACCAUCAGGAGGGACAGGCUGUAGAAGAGACCUUAAAGUUGGAGCUGGUCAGAGGGGCCCGGCGCAGCAGAGCCCCUCAGACCAACACCCAUGUUAAUGGAGAUCCUCUCUCUGUGUUUGAUGAUAGCACUUUAAGUGACGUGUCGGACGAUGAAGGAAGGUUAACUACCAGAAAACUAAAAAAUGAGAACACAGAAAAAGAGGAGUUGGCUGAAGACUUUGAUGAGCUCACUCAGUCGUCAGACACAGCCACUGACGACAUCGACUCUCCCACUUCAGGCUAUCGUCAUGCAUCUGUCCUUAUUCAGAAGCUUGACUCGGCCACUUUAGACUCAAGGAGCACGGUGAAGCUGCAGAACAUUUUCCAAGAAUAUGAGCGCUCCAUCCAAAAGGCAAGGAGUCGCCAUGGAUACCUGGCGGAUAAGGUGAGCCAGCUGGAAAUGGAGAGAACAGAGUUGAAGAGCGCCCUUGAGGAAGUUAAAGAUUUUAAAUCUGCCUUGGAGCGAAAUCAGCUGGAACUGCAAACCGAAGUUACAAACCUCAAAUUUCAGCUGAAACAGGAGCAGGAACAUCGCCGCAAUGCCACCAUGAUGUACAACACCACCAGAGAUAAGCUGAGGAGGACGGAGGAGCAGCAUCAGUUAGAGGUUCAGGAAAGACAGAAGGUAGAGCUGACGCUCAGGAACCUGGAGCUGGAGAUGAGAACACUGGUCAACAACAUGAAACAGCUUGAGGAGGACCACAGUGAGACCCAGAGACUGCUGGCUCAGGAGCGCAGUGCAAGGAUGCUACAGAAGAAUCUGCUCGACAGCCAUUUGCAUAAACAGCAGGAGAUAGAGGAGGAGAACAAGAGAAAUAGAAGCAAAAGCAACGAGGCCUUGUCUCAGCUCACUGAAGCCAGUGACAGGGAGAGGGAGCUGCUCAAGCAGAACACGAACUUCCAGGAGCAGCUGACCAUCCUUCGAACUGACCUGGAGCGUUCGCAGGCCAACAGCAAUCUCAAAGAGAGCCACAUUUUGGAGGAGAACGAGGCUCUCAAGGAGCAGCUAGAAGAUUUUCGACGAGAUCUCAAACUCAACAGGGACGCCCUGACCCAAACUGUCUACAACUGCAACAACCAGGUGACCACCCUGAAGUCUGAGUUAGCUAUGAUCACGACCCGCCUGGAAAAUGAGCGGCAGACUCGGGAAACUCUGGAUGUAGAGGUGGAGUCUACUCGUACCCGACUGGCGGGGGCAGUAAAGGAGGCAGAGCGUUGCCUAGCGGCUCACGCAGACACAGAGAAAGCUCUGCUCCGGGAGAAAGAGGAACAUCAGCGUCUAAAAGACAAACUCACAGUUGAAGCAACCUCUCAGCGUGAGGCGGUCAGCUGCUUGUCCCAGAAGCUGGGAAAGGCCGAGGCUUCUACGAACAGCUUGGAGAAUGAAGUGCAUCGGGUCACUCUGCAGCUGACUGAGAAGGGCCUAUUGCUGGAUGUCCUACAGCGGGAGAAGGACCAGGCGACUGCACGUGCCAAGGAGCUAGAAGCCGCUUUUCAGUCCGAGAGGGAGCUGGUGAGCCGCUCAACAGCUCGCCUAGAGGCGACACAGGAGCGGCUAGCCCAAGCCCAAAGUGAGGGAAUGUUAAUGCGGCAACAGAUAGAGGAGGCCCAGAACAAAGGUGUUGCAAAAGACCGUGCUGUGACAGAUGCCCAAGAGCGCUUCAGCGACAUUUUGUCCAAGCUGCGCUCCGACAGCGAGGAGAGGGUACACCUAGUGGAGGAGAGAAAUAAGGAGCUUGCCAGUAAGGCUGCUGAUCUCCGAGAUCAGAUCUACAAGUUAGAGGAAGAGAAGAAUGAAAGAGAGAAUAACCUCAGGCAGCUGCAGCAGGAGCUCGCCGACUCACUCAAGAGGCUGUCGAUGAGCGAAGCCUCUCUGGAGGUCAACACGCGCUAUCGCAAUGACCUGGAGGAGGAGAAGACUCGGCUCCUGAAAGACAUUGACAGGCUGAAGAGAAAGUUGGAGGAGAGUGAAGACAACUACGUGCAGGCUGAGAAACGUAUUAACAGUCUGAAGAGCGGCCUCGAUGAAAGGGAAAAGGAGCUCAUCACUGCUGCUCAGAAACUCCAGGAGGCGCUGUCGGCCUCAGCAGCCUCUGAUACCACCAUCAAACAGCUGGAGGAAGCUGUGCAGAGGCUAGAGAUAGACAAUGCCAGACUGGAGGCGGCUGCAAAGCAACAGUCUAACAAAAUUGGAGUUCUUCAGAAAGGGGCUCAGGAAGCUGUCUUGCUAUCUGACUGCUCACCUGGAGAAGGGGUCAGAGGUCAUUUGGAGGAUUUGGUCACAAACCUCCAAAGCAGUAAGAUGACUUUGGAAGAUCAACUCAAUAGAGAGGUCCAGAAGCAAAGUGUUCUAUCUCACACAGCCCAGGACUCUCAGGUCUUGUGGGAGGAGGAGCUGAAGAGUCGUUCUAAACUAGGACUGCGCCUGGCAGAGCUCGAAAAGGAAAAAGGAGAACUGAACACUCAGAUGGAAAUAGAGAAGAAGAAAGCCAAAAAGAUAGCAGAGCAGAAGAAGGCUGUAGACACUCGUCUGGAUCAAGAGAUGAAGAGAAACACGGACCUUCAAAAAGAAAUGUACAGGCUGCGUACACUAUUAAAGACUGCUAAGAAGAAACUGAGGGACCAUGACACCGGUGGAGGAGACUUUGCUUCUCCUAUGAGCAGCAUAAGGAUGGAGCUGGGCAGACACAGCCAGGCUGAGGGUGGACGAAUGAGAGAUAAGGUGGACGAUCUGCAGGGGCAGCUGGAGAAGGAAGUGUCCCGUAGCAGUCAUCUGGAGAAGGUGAUCGGGGAGCUCAAGGAUCAGCUGGCCUCCCUGAAGAGCUUCAGCCCUAGCACCGAGCAGCUGGAGAAGAGCAAGAGGCAGCUCGAGGAGGAGGUACUGGACCUGAGGCGACGAAUGGAAACAGCUCACAUGGAGCAGAGCCAGGUGGAGCAGUACCGCCGUGACACAGAGGAGAGGGCCCGUCAAGAGAUACAACAGAAGCUGGAGCAGGUCAACCUCUUCCUGCAGUCCCAGGCAGCUUCCCAAGAAGCAUUAGAUCAGAUUAAAUCGGCAAAUGAGGUUAACCUGCGCUCUCAGCUGGAGCAGAAGAUCCGGGAGCUGGAUGGUGAACUGGGCCGCGCCCGCAACACCCAGCAAGACAGCCUUAACCAGAAAGAGUCCACGCGCACCGAGCUCGAGCGGUACCGCCAGCUCUACUCCGAGGAGCUGCGCCUCAGCAAGUCCCUGGCUGCCAAACUAGAGAGGGCCAACAGUCGGCUCACUGAAGCCAAUUCCAAGCUGCUGAACGAGCGCAGCCGGUCUCUUCUCACCAGCAGCAUAGCAAACGGUAGCCUUGGAAGUCCCUCGCUGGACGUGGGCACUUUGGGUUCACCGGCAAACUACGGGGCCACACUGGGGUCCCUGAACAGAAGCCUUGGCCUGGGCCUGUCCCUCCUCAGCCCUGGGAUGUAUGGGCAGAACAGCAGGGAGGAGGACUAUCUGGCCAAGAUGCAGAAUGAGUUGGACAGAAACAUCUCAAAGGAAUUACACAACGCCACAGCAGAGCUGGACGUCGCCUCUGCGCAGUUGUCCCCGGUGAGCUCCGUCUCGAGGGUGGAGCUGGACCCCUUCAGCAGAGCCACACAGCAGUACUUGGAGGUGCUGAAGAAGAACAACAUGAUCUGAACACACACAUCACAGCUGCUGCAACUCAGUGUUCUUAUAUCAGCCAGUAAGCAGCAUCUCUAAGGCCAGAGCCACAGCCUCGUCACGCAACUAUAACAAUCCAUCCUUGUAUCCUCUUUUAUGAGAGAAAUCAGAAAUAAUGCACAUUGCACUUAACCACUCAGGAACAAAGGGCAUGAGUCAUAUAUAUAAAUAUACAUGUAUAUUAAAAUAUAUGUGUGUCGCAUUAUUGAUGGGUACAAUUAGUAAGAACCUUGAAAGUAUUUGUUCCUUCUGACUAAUUCUGAUUCAUCUGUUGCUGUUUUGUUUGGAUUAGCAGAAAAUAUACUGUAUAUACAGAACCGUGGUUUGGAUUUUUGUUUGUGAAUAUUGGUGUUGCAUAAUUCGAAUUUAUAAGUAUUUGAUGUAUGCAUCAUGAAUUUUCUUUUGCCAAGAUAUUACAUUUGGUACGUGCCAUCAAAUGGUGCAAUAUCUGUCUUGGUGUUACCUUAUUAGAUUUUUUGGCGCAUGGUGUUUAUGAUUCUUUUAUUUAUUCUUUUUUUUUUUUUUGACCGUGAUAUACUUGAAUCAGACGAGCUGGAAAACUCUCCAGUUAUUGAAACAGGGUGACUGCAUUUGUACACUUGUCAUUUCAGCUUUUGUUUGGUCUGUUUUCAGGGCUAUCAAAAGGGAAAUGCACUCAUUUUCAUCCAUGGAUAUUGUAAAAGACUAUACAUAUUGAUGAACACUCAUGACGCCUGUACAUUACAGAAGACUAACGUUAUAAAUAAAACAGGAAAAAAAACUGAACUUGAGCGAGACCUUGAUGUUUGGAAAUUGAGUGGAAACAAAACAAG